AUGGGCUGGGUAGGCGCGGGUGUACUAAUAGCAACAAUAGGCUACUUUCUCUACCGCUACCCUCCUCGCAACUGGGUCGAACCUCCUUCUUUUGCCCCUCCGGAACCCAAACCCGGCGCGCCGGUUGCCGCCGACACCACAGACGAGCCCGUGCAACAGAAGCCUGGCCCACGGGUCUCGACGCCAGCAAUAGAGACAGAGGAGGAGGAUUCCCAAACCACACCCAAGGCUUCGGCGUCGAGCGCACCACUCCCCGUCCUUGCGGUCCCCACAUUCAGCCUAGACAGCGGCGAGAGCAAGACAUCACAGCCCGCCACGAUGCCGUCCAUUUCACAGCCCAUGAAUGGAGCAACAGAGCAAGCAUCUUCGACAAACCGUGAUCAUGGCGCGCCAAAGACUCAACCGCCACCGCAGCCAUCCCUCGCACCCCCUCCGAAACCUCAACCGUCACCUAUACCGCCGAAGGCAACAGCCACCGGCGCCUCUUCCCUAAUGCCUCCUCCCCCAGUGCCACGGCCGCGACCAGCAACACAAGCGAACCGUCUCACCCCCACGAGCACGCUCCAACCCCCGCGGCUCAGUGGCAGCUCCCUUGGCCCACCACCAUCAGCAGCCGCCUCUCAGCGCGGCCUGGGCCCACCGAGCAACGGCAGCCGUCUUAGCAACAGUACCCUCGCCCCGACACAAGUGUCUCUGAAGAAAUCCUCACGCAAAGUGGUUCUCCAGCCAGGAUUCUCUCCCCUUGACUGGGCAGCGCUAACUGCGAACCCGAAGAACAACCUCCGCGGCGAAGGCCUUCCCCCAGGCCUUUUGCGGGUCACACCAUCAAUGCUAAAGGAGUACCAUGGGCGUAAGGGCCGUGAUGCCUGGACUUCGUACAAUGGAAAGGUGUACAACAUCUCUCCCUACGCCCCUUACCAUCCAGGUGGGAAGGGUGAGCUCCUUCGUGGCGCGGGGAAGGACUCUGCACAGCUAUUCCAGGAAGUUCACCCGUGGGUCAACUGGGAAGGAAUCCUUGGCGAGUGUCUGAUCGGAAUUCUAGUUUCGGAGCAUGAUAUCCAGACUGAGAAUGCUCUGGAUGCGAUGGACUAA